GCUUAUUUUAAUCCAGUGAAAAUAGCUUAUACUGCGUCGCAGAGGGGGGAUCGAUUUUCUCCCGCCUCUUUCCACUCACCAAAACUCAGCUCAAGGCUCAGCACCUCCCAGCUUCAGUUCCUCCAGUCCAUUAGUCUAUCAUGUCGUCCGGUGUCGGUGUCGAUGACGAAGUCAUUACGCAGUUCAACGACUUCAAGCUUAAGCGCGCCCCGCACGACUUCCGUUACUUCAUCUACAAGAUUGAGGAUGACUCGCAGAUCGUGAUCGAGUCCACGGGCCCCAGCUCUGAGUCGUACCAGGACAUGGCCGACAAGCUCGCGCAGAUCACGAACGACUGCCGAUACGCUCUUGUGGACCUGGACCUGACCACGAAGGAUGGCCGCCCUACCAGCAAGAUUGUCUUCCUGUCCUGGUCUCCCGACACGGCUCGCAUCAAGUCGAAAAUGCUGUACGCGUCGUCCAAGGAAGCCAUCAAGCGCGUCCUCAUGGGUGUGGGCAUCCACCUCACGGCCACUGAUGCUUCGGAGCUGUCGCUCGAGUCCAUUGAGGACGGCGUGGCCAAGUUCCUGUAGAGUUGGAGCCAGUCAGUUCGGAUGCGUUUUGGUAGAUUGAAUUCGCCCUGCGCCCCGUCGCGCGAAGUGAUGAUCAAGUAAUCCCAGCAUUUGCAUUUCUAACUUUCAUCCGUCUUCAUCUGCAUUGCCACAGCAGACAACACGUAGCCAUUGCAGCC